AUGAACGAGGAAAAACCUUUGCUGGGCAUUGCCCCCAGGUUGGGGGAUCAACGAUUCUACCAGAUGCUCGGCCUUGCCUUCAUUGCUAUCUUGACCAUCGGCCUCCGGAUGAAUUUUGCCAAGAUGGCUUCAGUGUAUGACCCCGAGCUCGGGCACGGCUCGGAGGAGGGAGGAAGCAGAUUUUCGAAGCCUCUGUUCUUCGCCUCUACUUAUUUCCUGGGUAAGAUUUUGAUUCUUCCUUUCUGCAACUGGAGCCCGCGUUCGCUCCCGCGGCACAUCUACUACAAGAUUUUUGUCAUGGUGUCUUUCGGGGCAGUAGGAGGGAUGCUGGAGUAUUCGUCGAUGAUGUUUCUUCCGGUCUCUAUCGUCGUGAUGGUGAGAGCCGCAGGGCUGGUCGCUUUCACAGCGCUGGGUUCAGCAUACAUAUCCCAGCGCAGCCCUAUGAACCCUUGGAUCGCCCUUUCCCUUCUCCUUGUGAUCGGGGGUUCAGUGCUUGCUUGCUUCGUACAUGUGCACACGAGUGCAGUCACGAGUUUGGCCAUCGUUGGGAUCGUGCUCGUCGUCUUGUCGACCAUGUCAGACGGACUCGAGCAGGUCGUGGCGGAGAUAGCGCUGCAGGAGCGGAGCAUGGACGUGGACGUCUAUGUCUUCACGGGGGUGUCGGGGUUGAUGGGGUGCGGGAUUAUGUUCGCUGUGCUCUUCAUGGCGCAGCUGCUGCCAGGGAGCGACGGAGAGGUGCUGGAGGACUCGCUGGGCACGAUCUCUGCCAUCUUCAGCGACUGGAUCCUUGGGCUGUUGAUCUUGGGGACUAUCCUGAUGAGCCUCUUCGAGAUGAUCGCUGCCACGGCCAUCAACAAGUACUUCGGAGCAACAACCAAGGAGUCGGUCCUGAGCUUCAGGAUCGUUGGUGCAUGGGGUAUAUCCCUCCUCAUCUUCGCUAUCCUCCCUGGCUCUGGCUUCGGCGAGCCGUUCGACGGGGGUGUCGCUGUUCUGAAGUUGGUAGGAGGAGCACUCAUUAUCGCGGGGAUCUUGUUCUACGUGCACAACAGAAGGUCUGCGGAGGACGAGGAGCUGGCGAAGGAAACAUGA